AUGCCUCCGACAGGCAGAGAAGCUCACCUUGAGAUGAAGCUGCACCUUCGACAUCCCAGCACGGUGGGUUCAUCCAAGUUCAGCAUCACCGCAUGCGCACAGCUUCUCACAGAAACGCACGAGCAGCUGUGCGCCUAUGAGGCACAAUCCUCAUUGAAGUCGUCGUUUAAGAAGGAGACCAAAGUCCUGAAGACACUCUCCAUCAUCAUGGGAGUGUUUGUCUUCUGCUGGUUGCCGUUCUUCGUCCUCAACUGCACGGUCCCGUUCUGUGACCCGCCCUGCGUCAGCGACACCACCUUCACCGUCUUCGUCUGGUUCGGCUGGGCCAACUCUUCCCUCAACCCGGUCAUUUAUGCAUUCAACGCAGACUUCCGUCGGGCCUUCACUACCAUUCUGGGUUGCAACCACAUUUGCUCAAACAACGCGGUGGAAGCUGUGAACUUCAGCGACGAGCUUGUUUCUUACCAGCAUGACACGACGCUCCACAAGGAGGCGCUGGUCCCUGCGCAGCCGCAGCAACAUCCUCGCACCAUUAACGUCGGGUCCGGCCACCUGGAGGACAUGAGCGCUCAGUUUGACGAGGAGUCGAUCAUCUCCAAUGGUUCCCGGAGCCAUAACAGACUGCUGCUGCUUCCUGCCACCGUCCAGUUCGAGGAUGACCCAGAAAUCUCCUUGGAAACGAUCACGCCGUUCACCUCACACCAGCAGAGAGGACAAAUAUUAUAA